AUGCAGGAUGCAUCGAGGCCUUUUCGACUGAGUCAUCUGAGGAGCCGCACUCCGGGCACUCCGGGAGCCGAGGCCCAGCAGAAGCCGGAGUGGUUCAUCGCAAAAAAGGUCCUACCAGAGAGGACCAGGAAAUACGUUGACUUCGCACGAGCUCUGAGGGAUCCAUCCUUGAUGAAGGUGGAGAGGCUGAAUCUGGUCCUCCGGAGCUUGACAAAACGCCGUUGGUCCCUGGCAAUCGCCUUGGUCGCUGCGCUCUGGCAACGAGGCAUGGAAUAUGCACCGUCAAGAGAUUCGACCGUGGCAUUUCCGGGCUCCAAUUUGGUGCGCGCUUUGAGACUCGGUAUGCAGUGGGAACUGGCGAUGGUUCAGAGUGCCUGCAAUGAUCCCCAAAGCCGAAGGAUGAUCGCAGGUAACUGUGGCCUGGCUCGACAGUGGCAUCAGGCUCUUGCAGGGCUUUGCUCUUUGAGAAGUGCUGGGAUCGAGCUCACAAAUGAUGCGAUUCGUGGAACGUUCACCGCUCCUGAUGAUGCCUGGCAAGGGUCCUUGAAGUUUCUCCGAAUGCUGAGGAGGACCGCCCUUGUUCCUUCCAGCGUUGAGUUCAGCAAAGUUCUGAGCUUCUCAGCGCCGGCAUCCUGGUCCUACACCUUGUACUUCCUGACCCUCGCACGAAUGGAGGCGGUUGAGAUCACUGACAGAACCAGCUCAGCGUCUUUCUCCGCCUUUUGUCAACGCUUUCGGCCCUGGAAAUAUGCAUGCAGACUACUGAGGGAUUUCAAGCAGUGGGCUGUCGUGCUGCAACGGAGUUCCUUCAACAGUGCCUUGGGAGUCUUUGCACAGCGACCUAGCCUUUGGAAGCAGGUGCUUGGCUUUGCGCGUUGCAUCGAUGUCGACUCCCUGGACUCUGGGCAUCUUGAUGCCUUCCGGAUGGCACGUGCUCGACAAGUGGCUGAAACGUUGCGCUCAAGACGAGCUCGCGUUUCGCCGCAGGCACUCUCCAUGGUGGAGGGCUUGGAAUCCACCAGGCCAAGUCUCAUCGACUUGCAAGCAGCCUUAAAAGCCUGCAAUGAAAGCUCUGAGUGGGACAUGGCGCUGCAAAUUUCGCAGCGCCUGGCAGUGAUGGUCAAAGGGCUCCUGUGA